CUGCGGUGUUGGCACUGACCAAAAUGGCAAUUUUCUGUGUCCACCAACGCUCAUAAAUUCACGCACUACUUUAAUAUGAGGAACACACGCAAAAAUACGAUACGAAAAUUAAGCUAGGAAGGCGUUUGAAGACGUUAACGCGAUGGCUUCGCUGUAUGAGAUGGUGUGGCGGUUUUUGCACGCGCUGUUGUAUCUCCAGCGCGCGAUUGUCGCCUGGUUCCGAGUCCACAUCUGGAGGUGGAAACUGGCCGUGGUGGACUUAUUAUUGCCCCUUGCCCUUGGCUUUCAUAACCAGAAAAAAACAGGACCCAAAGGCACACGGACCAGCCGCAGGGUUCGCUGGGGAGCCGAUGGCAGGACGUUAGAGAAGCUGCCUCUUCAUGUGGGGCUAUUGGUGACCGAGGAGGAGAUCCACUACACGGAUAUUGCCAAUCUGGUGGUCUGGUGUAUGGCAGUGGGCAUCUCGUAUGUCAGUGUUUAUGAUAAUCAAGGUGUUUUUAAGAGGAAUAACUCCAGACUGAUGGAGGAGAUCCUGAAACAGCAGCAGGAGCUUUUGGGAAUGGGCAGCUCCAAAUAUUCAGUGGAGAUUUUGAAGAAUGGUACAAAUAAGCAGGAGCAUCAAGUGUUAUCUUGUCAGUCCAUGGUGAAGGUUUUAUCUCCAGACGAUGGACGGCUCAGUAUCGUCCAGGCAGCCCAGCAGCUCUGUAGGGCCGUCGAGCAGAAGGAAAAGACAUCAAAAGACAUUAAUGUCAGUGUGCUGGACUCAUUACUCAAAGAGUCCAAAAACAUACCUGACCCAGACCUGGUGCUGAAGUUUGGGACUGUGCAAAGCACUCUUGGUUUUCUUCCUUGGCACAUCAGACUAACAGAGAUUAUCUCAAUGCCGUCCCACAUAGACGCCUCUUAUGACGACCUGUACGAUGCUCUUCAGCGUUUUGCGGGUUGCGAGCAGCGGCUGGGCAAGUGAAGAGCAGAGAGCAGAACAGAAGGACCUGAAUGAGUGAGAGGGAUUGGAGGAGCUCCAUCUCUCUCUCUUCAUGUUUACAGUAGAAGCACUGGAGCCUCAGCGCCAGCAAAAUCCGCUGCCGCUGCUCUUCAUUUCUGCUCAUCUCCGCCAAGGCGUCUUUCUCUCUUUGUGUGUGCGUAUGUGAGAUGUACUUGUAUGUUUGUGUAUGUGUGAGUAACUACACGCUGAAAAGGAUGCAAGGACGUUUGUCCACUAGCAAGCCGGAUGCAAGGAACAUUAAAGGAUUCGUGAUUCGCCA